GCAUCUUCCUUUCCACUUUGUCUCCUUCUCUAACCAAACCAAACCAAAAAUAAACCAGAGAAAAAGAAAAAGCAAACAGAUCUCUCUCUUUCCUUCUCUCUUUCAGACUCUGUCUUCCUCAGAAACCCUAAAAAGCCUGCUGCAUCCAAAGCUCAUCUCCUUCUUCCUUCGCCAUUGCUGCUGCUUCUCCUUCUUCUUCUCGGAGCUUCAGCUUGCAUUCUUUUUUGUUUUUUUUUUUCAAAAUCUUUUUGGAGUAUCUGAUUCGGUCACAGGAGCCGAUCAAGUUCAUUGUCUCUAACCAUAGGAACACAAGCGAUCAAGAAUUUUGUCAGAUUCCAUUUCUUUUUGACAAUUUUUAAAUUCUUUCUUCUUCUCGCCAGCGAGAGUGAGACAGAGAAAAAAAGGAAGCCUACACAACUGGAUUCUUGGUUUCUAAGAUGUUAGAGUGCGGCCACCGCGACUCAUCCGACGGUGAUCUCAGUUUCAAGACUACUAAUUCUACCAACAGUUCAAUGAGCAGCGAUAGUUGUAGUAGCUACAGUCGCAUUUCUUUUGAGCUCCUUGCUUCAAGAUCCUCUCCUGAAAACCUCUCCCUCAAGCCUCAUCACUCCUCUGACUUAGCCUACUCUGCCAUCCGCUCUGCUACCUUCCGCCGGAAGUCUGGGCUCACUCACCGUGACUUCCGCCUCAUCCGCCGCAUCGGCUCCGGGGAUAUUGGUACUGUUUACCUAUGCAGCCUUACGAGAGAGCAUAACAAAAAGUAUAGAGAGGAAGAUUAUGAUGAGGAGGAGGGGGAAGAGGAAGAUGAUCGGUUGUGCUUUUAUGCGAUGAAGGUGGUGGACCAGGAGGCGUUGGCGGUGAAAAAGAAGGUGCAUAGGGCGGAGAUGGAGAAGAAGAUCUUGAAAAUGUUAGAUCAUCCAUUCUUGCCCACUUUGUACGCAGAGUUUGAGGCGUCGCAUUUCUCUUGCAUUGUGAUGGAGUACUGUUCCGGUGGUGACUUGCAUUCGUUGAGACAUAGGCAGCCUUACAAACGCUUCUCUCUUAGCUCUGCAAGGUUUUAUACAGCGGAGGUUCUAGUAGCUUUAGAAUACCUUCACAUGCUGGGAAUCAUCUACAGAGACCUAAAGCCUGAAAACGUUUUAGUCAGAUCGGACGGUCACAUCAUGCUGUCAGAUUUUGACCUCUCAUUGUGCUCAGAAGCCAUCCCAGCCGUUGAAUCUCCAUCCUUCUCUCCGAACUCUACUUCUCCAUCUGCUUUCCCCUACACCCGAUCACACUCCAGCAAAACCUUCUCAUGCCCCCUCAACCGGCUCUUCCGAUCCAAGAAAAUCCAAACCUUGGGCCCCAACCGGCUGUUUGUGGCCGAACCCGUCGCCGCCAGGUCUUGUUCAUUCGUUGGGACCCACGAGUAUGUGGCCCCUGAAGUCGCCUCUGGUGGGUCCCAUGGCAACGCUGUUGACUGGUGGGCCUUGGGGAUUUUUAUCUACGAACUCAUUUAUGGACGGACGCCUUUUGCAGCUGCAUCUAAUGAGCUAACGCUGCGUAACAUCGUGAAAAAGCCCUUAAGUUUCCCAACCCACUCUCCAAGCUCAUCGCUUGAGCUCCACGCUCGUGAUCUGAUAUCGGGUUUAUUGAAUAAAGAUCCGAACAACAGACUCGGGUCAAAGCGGGGAUCUGCCGACGUAAAAAGUCACCCAUUUUUUAAAGGGCUUAAUUUCGCGUUGAUAAGGACGGUGACACCCCCAGAGAUUCCCGGUUUACGUCGGCAAAAAACGGCAACAUUUCAUCAGGCGAAGCCUAAAUCAACGGCGUUUGAUUACUUUUAAAAAGAGCGAGGGAUUGGUGCCAUGUGUUGAGCGAUUCCCUGCCAUAUUUUGCCACUGGCGGGUUAAUAGUCCAGUUAGACUCUGUAUAUUUAAGGUUUCUUUUUUACUUUUUUGUUCUAUAAACUCAUGUUUAGAUGAUUUAAUCGUCAUUAAGAACACGCCUAAUUACAUAUAUAUAUAAUUAAUUCCACUGAGAUUUACUCUGUA